ACACAUAAUGUUCCGCGGAUUGGUGAGUCCAUCAUUUUGGUUCAUCGAACGGUGGAGAUUUAAGUCAAUGCCAACGGUACUAGUAAUGUUGAUCUGAUCAGAUAGAAGCAUCCGCAGUUGAGUGAGUAACUAAACAUUGAUCAAACCUCAAAAACCUUCUUCUAUUAGAUCAUUAUAAGACCAAGAAGAAGCAAGAGGGUGUGAAAAGCAAAGUAGAGUAGCUAGAGAGAAUAGAAAUGACUCAAGUGAUGAGAGGAGAGGUGAUUGAGAAGGCUUAUGCUGGGUCUUGGAAGGCUCACAAGUCCCCAGACAAGCCUUACCUUAUUGAAAAGAUCAACAGAAACGACCCUCAAGAAGUUAUCUUUUGUUUUCCAGGAUCAGGUGCUGUCAGGGAUUGGUACUCUCAGAAAAACUUUGGUGAAACAAAAAUAGAUCUUGGUCUGUUUCCCUCACUCAGAAGCAUUGGUAUCGAUGAACAAGCUUUGGUGAAUGAGGCCUUUCAGAAAAAAUUCCAAGAAAUUUUGUCUGCCAAACCAUCACUUGCGGAUGAGGUGGAGAAAGCAAUGAGUAAAAAGAAGCAAAUAGUGUUUGCAGGACACUCCUCUGGUGGUGCGGUGGCUAUUCUGGCAACCCUUUGGGCCUUGGAAAACUACCAACCUCCUAAAUCACACGGUGGCAUCCCUCCCCUGUGUGUAACCUUUGGUUCUCCCUUAGUUGGGAACCACAUAUUUUCCCAUGCCACAAGGCGUGAAAAUUGGUCUCACUACUUUUUUCACUAUGUGAUGAGAUAUGACAUAGUGCCACGAAUCCUCCUUGCUCCCCUCUCUUCCCUUGACCCAAAAUUUGAACCAAUUUCCCAGUCCUUCAACCCCAAAUCCAAGUCUUUCAUGAGUGACUCAGUGGGAAGAGCCAGUGCAGAAACAACUUCAGAGUUCUACUUUGCCAUAAUCUCAAAUGCUGCAACUGUCACAAGCCAUGCUGCUUCUAAGUUAAUGGGAACCACAGAUACCACAUUAGAAACUUGGUCAAAUUUCAUUACCUUAAGCCCUUAUAGGCCCUUUGGCACUUACUAUUUCUGCACUGGAAAUGGAAAGUCAGGGAAGAAAAUUGUGAUAACAAACUCAAAUGCAGUUCUACAGGUCCUGUUUUUCUCUGCUCAAUUAAGCACUGAAGCAGAAGCUGCUCAAGUUCCCUAUAGGAGCUUACGAGAUCAUACAAUUUAUGGCACCGAACUGCAACAAAUGGGGCCUCAGAAUGUUGUGCACUUGGAUCAACAUCAGCUCCAGAAUCUUCCUUUGUCUGAAGAUGGUGCUGGUGGCUCAAAUGCAACCAUUAACACGGCCUUAAAUGACCUUGGCCUGAUUCCAAGAGCAAGACUGUGCCUCCGGGCAGCAGCAGAGUGGGAGGCAAGAAGAACUGACAACGAGAAUAAGAUCAAAGAGAAGAAAGAUUUUGUUGCGAAAAAAUUGGACGUUCUUCGGGAAUACAGAAAAAUGUAUAAGGAUAAAAGGGUGGGUUUUUACGAUGGCUUCAGGGAGCAUAAGCAAGGUGAGGAUGACUUCAAAGCAAACGUGACGAGGCUAGAGCUGGCAGGUGUGUGGGACGAGAUGAUGGAAAAGGUAAGAAGUUAUGAACUCCCAGAUGAAUUUGAAGGCAACAAAGAUUACAUUGACCUUGGAACUGAGCUUCGGAAACUUAUGGAACCUCUGGAUAUUGCCAAUUAUUACCGACAUGGGAGGAAUUAUGAGGACAGUUCUUCUUCUUACAUGAUUAAGGGAAGACCAAAACGAUAUAGAUAUCCUCAAAGAUGGUUGGAACAUGCUGAGAGAAAGUCACAUGAAUCUCUCUCAGCAUCUUGCUUCUGGGCCGAGGUGGAAGAACUUCACUACAAGACAAGUAGGAGUAGUAACAUUGUCUCAUUGGAUCAACAAUUUAAGGAAAGGAUUGAGAAAUUAGAGAUUCAAAUAAAAGCAUGGAGUGACAGAAAGGAACUAGAUGAGGAUGUCUUCUUGGAGGGUUCUACCUUGGUGAAGUGGUGGAAAGCACUUCCUCAACAACACAAGCAACAUUCAUGCAUUAAAACUCUUAUUAGAGAGUGACACGAGACAAACAUGCAUUGCAAUAAGUCCAUUCAGCGAGUGUUAAUUGGCUGAGUGAGCUUUUUUUGUUUCUCUUGUUUACUUUGUUUCUUAUGUAGUUUUUCUUGGUUCCUUCUCGUGUGCGGUUUGUGAUUCUAUAUAUCGUUUUCCUUUAAUAAAUGCCACAACCAAGGUUGCGGCUAUGUACAACUAGACGAUUUUUUUAUUUUUUUUUUCAUUUUCAAUACAUAGUUUUACCAUGAAAAACAUAUAUAAUACUCCCUUGGUUCCAUUACAA